AUGCCAGAUGCACGCGCUGUUCCCUUGGCCUCAGAGGCCCAGUCCAAGAGGAUCUACGAACUUGUGGAUCUCGCCAAGAACAGUAGGUCGAUUUCACGGGGAAUGAAUGAGGUCACCAAGGCCCUGAACAAGGGCAAGGCACGUCUCGUUGUCUUAUCCGCAGAUGCUCUUCCUCUCGAGCUGGUCCUUCAUCUUCCCGAGGUCUGCGAGGACAAGGGAAUUGCAUACAUAUUCGUGCCCUCGCGCCAAGAACUAGGUCGAAGUGUGGGUAUAUCGAGGCAAGCCGUCGCCGUGGCCAUCAAGGCUCCUCGGCAGGGGACAGCACUUGAUGACAAGCUAAACAUAUUCCUUACGGAGCUAGGACACUGA